CGCCGUUAAACCCCACAGAAGAAGAAGUCUGCAGGUUUAGCCACAUUAGAAGAGGUGUCUCGCUUUCGGGCUAAAAGUUUCUCUAAGGUUAGUUAUAAAGCUAGCUAGAACAGCUUGUCAACAUGUUUCGAAGAAAACUGACAGCUUUGGAUUACCAUAACCCCUCUGGGUUUGACUGUAAAGAUGAGACAGAGUUCAGGAAUUUCAUUGUGUGGCUGGAGGACCAGAAAAUCAGACACUACAAAAUUGAAGACCGGGGCAACCUGAGGAAUAUCCCCAGCUCGGGAUGGCCCAAGUCCUUUGAGCAGUAUCUUCAAGAUGUGAAUUGCCCAUUCACUGUCGAAGAGAGACAGGAGUCAGUGGACUGGUUGCUGGGUCUAGCCGUUCGGUUGGAAUAUGGCGACAAUGGCUCCCCAGUUGAGAAGUACAAGAAUUGCCCGCCAGCCACAGCCACCGAGGCGGCGAAACCCUCGGAUCCCCUCAUCCAUCUGGACAGCAGCAACCCAGACUUUAAGGCUGGUGUCUUAGGCCUGGCUAGCCUGCUGAAGAUCCAGCGUCACGACGACUACCUGGUCAUGCUGAAGGCUAUAAGGAUCCUUAUCCAAGAGAGGCUGACUCCAGAAGCCAUAGCCAAGGCCAGCCAGUCUAAAGAGGGUCUCCCUGUGGCCUUGGACAAGCACAUCCUCGGCUUUGAUACCGGAGACGCCACCCUGAACGAAGCGGCUCAGAUCCUACGUCUACUCCACAUCGAGGAGCUACGUGACCUGCAGACCCGGAUCAAUGAGGCCAUCGUAGCCGUCCAGGCCGUAAUUGCAGACCCGAAGACAGACCACCGCCUGGGCAAGGUCGGCAGAUGACCUGGCCUGCCUGACCCCUUGACCUCUGCCUUUAACCCCCAACAGUCUGUGAAAAAGAAGUACCACAAACUAUACAUGGAUAUUGGUCCAAGACCUUGUCCUUAUUUUAUUUUAAUCCAACAACUAGGACUAAGCCUUUGAGUUUCAUUUUUUUUUUUUUAAGGAUUUGGGACGGUUGGAAUGAAAUGGACUAGUUUUUGUUUUUGAGAAAGAAAUGCAUUUGUCGCAUGAGUGUUGGAAUGAGAAUGUAUGAAAUACAUUUGGGGGGAAGAAACUUUGGUUUGUGUUCAUAUGAAAUUGGAAGUGCUAUCAGAUUCUGUGCUGAAAUUACCCUUGGAGUUGGAGAUGGAAUCAGCGAUAUAAGUCAGGAAUUACAUCUUAGGAAAUAUAAAGGAUUAAAAAACUGGAAGAACAAAUAUUUGACGACAAUGUGGUGAAAUACAAAAUGAUUAGUGCACAGAAUACCCAAAUACUGCAUUGCUGUGUGUUCAUUCAAUACACAUGGAUAGAUAUAACUGGACUUGUGGCUCAAAGAUCUAGUUUUAUUUUAUAUAGAAAGGUAAGAGGUAAACAAAUUUACAAAACUUUAUUUGCGGGGAAGGGAAGUCACAGUUAACGCCUGGAAAUGUAUUUGUGGUGGUUGGUGAAAUACUUGCUUUGUCGCAAGAGUCCUUCAUUCGAUGCCUCUGUAGAAGUCUAUGACAGAAGUGUUCUCACAGUGGAAAGCACUUCAAGACUCGCCUGAAAUAGCACCAUAAAACGAUCCCCUAUCAUUAGUCUCCCUGCAUCAGAUAACUACAUUAAGUCACAGGACAGUGAACAUCCUUGACAACUACACACUCGGCUAUCAUCAGCCACAGAACAAACAUUACUUUCCAAACUUGUUAUUUUUGACAUCCGUAAAUACCAGGGGAGAAUGACUGCCCCCUCUCAUUGAAGCCACUGAAGUUUAAGGCCAACUGCAGGCAUUGUUAGCAGAUAGCAGGAUCCCUAUUAUUGUGAAUGAAAAUCUUUGUGGUCAAUCAGUGUAAAAAAAAUCAAGGACAAUUAUGGUACGAAUAAUUUAAGCUAGUACACCAGCUGUAUGUCCUUGAAUCGAUUAUCAAAAUAAUGCGCACACAGGAUAAUUUAGUUGCUAAUGGCAGCCUGCAGUACCCCGGUCAGCUUUCAACUUGAGUUACUCAAUGAGAUGGGGCAACACAGCUAACCUGCAACCUAAUUUCCUGGAGUUGCUCAAACUGUGCAUGUCUCCAUGAGACACCAUCUUAACUGACUGCAUUUUGUUUCAAUGCUUUAUUGUGUCUUCAUAUAGGAAUGAAUGGUACCACGUGAUCAAUGGCUUUGUCCAAAAAUAAACAAAAUCAAAUCUGACAACUAAAAAGUUAUUUUCAAAACAUGAACAUUUAAAAAGUUAUUUCAAGCUGUGUGCUUUCUACAUUGAAAGUCAAUAUAUAUAAAAAAUAUUUAAAUAAAGAGUUAACAGUCA